CACACACACACACACGCCUGCAUUUGAUGCUUUUGAAUAAUAGCCUGCUGGCUAGCUCUCACAAUAAUAAAGCCCCUAAAGCAGCGGCUGUAGUUCAGCAAAGUGGCGAAACAGAGCGUCUGAGUCCGGGGAGCUCUCGCAGGUUCACCGCGCUAUCUGGCGGCUGGUAGGAAAUGGAUUCAGAGCCGCCCUCAUCUCCUCAGGUGGUGGAGGAGGGAGGUGAUGAGGAGGAUGAAGAGCUGAGUGGAGGAGAGGACUCAGAGCUCAGAGUGUCUGCAGGACGGGGGUCCGUACUGACCCGCAGAGGCAUCACGCUCAGGGUUCUGCUAAAGGACGGCCUGGUGGAGCCUGGAGAUGGAGUCCUGUCUAUACACUACCUGGGGAAGAAUUUUGUGGGUGAUUUGCUGACGGAUGGAAAGAUCCGCUGGGUGGAAACAGGGCAGAUCUUUAACUCUCCGAGUGCGUGGGCUACACACUGCAAGCGGCUGGUCAACCCAGCGAAAAAGUCUGGCUGUGGCUGGGCGUCGGUGCGCUACCGCGGAGAGAAACUGGUCCAGUACAAAACCAGCUGGCUCCGCAAAUACCAGCCAAGUGCCGAUAUGAGCCUGGCCAGUGAGGGUGAGGAUGAUGAGAUGGGAGAUGAUGAAGAGGAGGAAGGGAAGACGGCUGUUCCAGCGGAGGAGAAAAACAGAAAAAACAAGCCAGAGUUCCAUGAUAUCAGCCUGGUACAGAAGAGAGGAGACAGAGAGAGAGUCCCCGUCAGAUACUGCACACUCGGAACCAGAGACGUCGCCAGAGAUCCACACACACUGGUGGAGCUGUCUGCGUUCUCUGCCAUCAAUCGCUUCCAGCCCUUUAACGUCGCCGUAUCCAGCAACGUCCUGCUGCUAAUGGACUUCCACUGUCACCUGACCACCAGUGAGGUGGUGGGUUAUCUGGGGGGCCGGUGGGACACAACAACACAGCUGCUGACGGUGUUGCGAGCGUUUCCGUGUCGUACGCGAUUGGCUGACCGAGACGCUGCGCCUGCUGUGGAGGAGGAGAUUUGUCAGAAUCUGUUCAUGCGAGGGCUGUCAUUGGUGGGCUGGUACCACAGUCACCCUCGAGGCCCCGCCCUCCCGUCUCUGCAGGACAUCGAUUCGCAGAUGGACCAUCAGCUCCGCCUCCAGGGCAGCAGUAACGGCUUCCAGCCCUGUCUGGGCAUCAUCUGCGGGCCUUAUUAUCAUGGCAACCAGGGCGUGGCAUCGACCAUCACUCCUUUCUGGGUGGUCCCUCCACCAGAGCAAAGGCCGAAUGACUACGGUAUCCCAGUGGCGGUGGAGGUGACAUAUGUGCAAGACAACUUCCUCACUACAGACGUUCUUAAUGAAAUGAUGCUACUGGUGGAGUUCUAUCGAGCAGCUCCUGACCUGGUGAACUUCAGUCAGAUGUGGUGUCCUGAUACCUCAAUACUGGACAAGAUCAAGGCUUCUCUCAGUGGACAUGCGCCCAAAGACCAGGCCUAUUCUCAGAUAUUGGAGCACGUGUACAACCAACUGCGCAGCAUACAGUGACCCAAGUCUUUUUCUGCUGUACGUCUGCGUACUUAUGUAUGAUGUUCAUGGGGUUAUUUCACAAAGCACGAUCGUUCAGUAAAAUCCUGUAGUAAAAUCCUUCAAUUUUCUUGGCUUUCAGCUAAAACUGAGAAAUAAUUCAGCUUUGUGAAAUAACCUCCCAAGACCUGACCUGGACCUGGAUCCACCAGACUUCAAAGUGUGAAUGCUGAUCUGGACUUUUCUCACUUCUGUUAUAUAACACUGAAAAAAACUGACUUAAACUGAUAAGAUCUGAUCUGAUUUAAGAUCAGGGUUUUAAUUCUGAGGUGACUAAGAGAGAGAGUCUUGAAUGUACAGUACUGUGCAAAUGUCUGAGACCACUAUUUAUUUAUUUAACGGCUUUCCAGAUUGUUCUUCUUUCUUAAGAAGGUAUUUGUAAGAAAAAUCUGAUAUUCCAUUGCAUAAAAAAGAAGUUUCCAAUGAAAAAAUGAAAGUUAUGGUCAGUUAUGGAGAACCUUAAGAAGAGCUCACGUCAAGCCUUUAUAUUUGAAAAUGCGAAGAAGAUUGAGCUCCACCUCCAUCGAUAAUCCACUGUGAUUCGACAAACAAUGGAUUGGUCACCCCAUGGUCCAGACCUCAACAUCACUGAAUGUGUUUGGAAUGACUUGGAUGGUAAGCAGAAAAAAAAUGCUCUAAAUGCUACAUGACUGCACUUUUGAGAGAUUUUUUUGUGGCAGACUUUGUACCGCUCCUCCACCACCAUGUUUAACAGAUCUGAUACAGGUGCUAUAUUUUCGAUAUUGUGCAGGAGGUGUGCAAAAUUCUCCUGCAGAUUUCAGAACACUCCCACCACCAUGUGUAACAGCUGAUUUCUGUAGAAACACUAGUCUUUUGUAUUUUAUGGCUGUUCUGACUGAGAAUUAAGGCUCUCAGACUUCUGCACAGUACUGUACUUCAUUCGUGGAUAUAAUAUAUUACCUCAGCACCAUCAUUGCCAGAAGUAGCUAAACUUAAAAGACGAAGGUGUCUGUGUUUGUAACUCGUGAAAAUUCGUGCAUCGCGUUUCGUCAGUGUGGUCGGGUUAAAGCCAGGGUGGUCAUGUGACACCUCAGUGGUGGGAUGGGGGGGGGGGGUGGGGGGCAGGAUGCCACCGCUGUUCUGCUGCCUCUAUAGUAUUGUUAGAGUUGCCUCUCUCAACUGUGGCUCUGCACUGAAAAGAUGAUAAAGAUGAUGAGCUGAACUGACUCCAAAUCUCCAAAUUUGAACAUCAUUUAUACAAAAAUAUUAUCAGUUAUCAUCAGUCAGACAAAAAUCAUAGUCAUGCAUCUCCUCAGUUUUUUAACCACUGACAUGCCAAAAAGUCAUGGGACUGCAGUCUGUAAAUUGAUCAGUGGGCGGCUUUGGAACCACUGUCCACAUCUGUAUAGUUGUGGGGAGUUUUGGAAUUAUGGGAGUGUGGGGAGUUUUGGAAUUAUGGGAGUGAGGUCACAUGUACAAGGGCAUCUCAAGAAAUUAGAAACUCAUAUAUAGUUGUUUUACACACAGAGUGAUCUAUUUUAAGCAUUUGUUUCUUUUAUUGUUGAUGAUUAUAACUUACAGCCAAUGAAAACCCAAAAAUCAGUGUCUCAGAAAAGUAGAAUAUUAUAUAAGACCAAUUGGUACUUUUGGCAGUGUGGGCAGUGUGCCAAGUCCUGCUGGAAAAUGAAAUCCACAUCUCCAUAAAAGGUGUCAGUAGCAGAGUGAAGCAUGAAAUGUUGUAAGAUUUUCCGGGAAAACAAAACUGCACUGACUUUAAACUUGAUAAUAAAACACAGUGGCCCUGAAUUAGCAUGCUCCUCCUGCCAGUAGGUGGUAGUAAUGGUGACCGGUGGUGUCUGGUUAGAAUAGCCAAUGGAAACACACAAGCGACACUGGCAGAAAUCACAUCCACAAGUAGUGCAGACAAUUAGAGAGCAGACAAUUAGAGACCUCUUAGAGACCUUUCUUUAGCUUCCAUGGGAAACAAUGCAAGUUUGUGUCCCAUGACUUUUGGUAUGUCAGUGGAACUUGGUUUAGGAUUUCAUGAUGAAAGGACCAAUAGAAAUGCUCUAAAGUGACUUCAAUUCAAAGUUAGUAGAAUAUUUCUGUAUUCUGGCAAAAAAAAAAAAAAAAAAAAAAAAAUCACUAUUUAAAAAAUACCAAGAUUUCUGUGGUGCAGAACUGAUAUAUUACACAACAUAGUUAUAAUUAAACUAAAUAUAUUGAAAGAUUAUACAAAUAGCCUGUUGAUGUAUUUACAGUAGAUCAUAUUUAAGUGAUGUCCUCAUUUGUAUCGGAUCAGUUCAGCAGUUUUUCAGUGUUGAAUGUCGGUUGUUGCUGUGAACGUCUUCCUUUCUGUGGGUAGAAUCGUCUGGGUGGUGUAAGAUAGUAAAGCGAAGGGGUUAGGGGCGGGUAUAGCGCCUCCCUUUGUCUGUAGCUGGUAUUUAUUUGUAUUUGUGGGUAGGUUUGUGGGUUUGUGCCAUGUGGACUGCUCUGAAUGAACCAGUUAACUUUAAGCUACUGAAUUCAGUAAAAUAAACACUGGAACUUACAAUUUCC